AAAGAAUUAUCAACAGCUGAUUUUGGCAGGUACCCCACAAGGGGACAAAGAACAAUAAAUCCCAUUUGUAAAAAUAAGUUUUUCAUUAUAUCCGUCAAAAGAGAAAAUUAUAUACUACACAACCUUGAGCAUGAAUAACAAAUUUUGCUAAACUUCGGUGUAUUAUUGCACCAUCUGCUGCAUUCAUUCAACUAUCUACAUAUUAACAAUCCUCGCAGAAAAACGCUUAUCAGUAUACAGUAUUGAAUACAAUAUCGUAAUUUGUGUUAUUACUACGUAAAUUCCACUUUACGGAUAUGAGCUUUCUCCAUCUGCAACGUUUAGUCGCUUUAUUUAUAAUUUUUAGUUAUGUUAAUGCUGAAAUUACAACGACACAAAAUGUAUUACAAUCAAAUCACGAUAUUACUGUGGAUGAAUCGCAAAUUUCACCCAAAACAAAGGAUAUACCGGUGAGUACACGUAAUGCUGAUGCAGUUUUGGCAAUGUGCCCCAGUAUGUUGAAUUACGUAUUCGACAAUGCUAUGCCACGUGAGGAGGCAAGUGCUGGAACGUUUGAAGAGUAUAUAAGAUUGGAUACAGGAUUAGGCGAAGAUGUCGAUUCACUAUCAUGCUUAGCUGCUUGUUGUAAAAAGGCACGAACCAAUGAUACAUGUAAUGUGGUUUUCAUAUACAAAAACAAAUGCUAUCACGUGCGGUGCCAUAGCAAUGAGGGUUGCCUGCCAAAGCAGCGUAAACAAGGGAAGGAUCGUUUGCAAAUGAUGUUGGUAAGUCCAGUACGAAAGCACGACGCUGGAGAUGAAAAUCUCACAUGGCUGGAUGUAAUCAAAGCCAUGAAGAGUGAUGAGGGUGGUAUUAAUAUGCCAACAGCAGACGAUGCUGAAAGUGCCAGUGGUGGUGAGCGAGGACCUAAUUCGCUGAGUUUUUGGAAGCAGCCACAUAAAUUUCGUUAUUUGAGUAGAAACCAGGAAAUGGCGUACGAGGACGAUGAUGAAUUACAACCUAAUAAUGAUAAACGCGCGAAAUCAAUUUCAAGAAGUGGUGAUGAUUUGACCUUCUUUGGUUCAGAUAUACCAAGAGAAUUCAAAUACGUGCAAUGCGAAUUGGGCUUAUCUGAAAUGGGUACAAUUAGCCGUUGUGGCCCAAAAGAGGAGUGUGUACGUGUACAUGCAAAUUCAGAACUUGGUUUUUGCCAAUGUCUUACUGGAUUAGUACGUAAUCAGCAAGGUGAAUGUAUAACAUCUGAAGCAAGUGCACCUGAUUAUUCCAUAUUUGACGAACUCAAUUCUCAACGUCUGCCAAUGUCAGCUGCUGCUUCAGAGCUUCUACCAUCCGUUAUUGAAGAUGACGACCAUAUGACAGCGGCCACAGUAAAAGCUGAAACCGAUAAGAAAUUGGUAGUUUCCGUUGUGUCAAAAGAGGUGCGUUUGCCAGAAAAAGAAGUGACAUUAGCAGCAUUUACAGUGCCGGACGAGGAGACCAGUGGUAGCAAAUAUAAAUAUUUAUGGACGCUUGUAACACAACCGAAAGGUCCUAUGAAUGGUACCAUAUCCGAUCAAAGCCAGUCAAAAGUGCGACUCUCUAAUCUCUCCGAAGGCUUGUAUAUCUUUAAAGUGUCGGUGUCCGGUGAUAAUGGCACAUAUGGAGAAGCAAUGGCCAAUGUGACCGUACUACCAGAAAAGCGCAUUAAUCGUGUGCCACAAGUGGUGAUCAAACCCAAAGAGCAAACUAUACGCUUACCAAUUACAAAUGCUAUAUUAGAUGGUAGCACAAGUAUUGAUGACGAUAAAAUUAUUAGCUGGCAUUGGGAAGUUGUGCAAGGACCUAUCGGUUAUCAGCCCAAAUUGCCAGAGGUGAAUAUACUACAAUUGGGUGAUCUUACUUCGCCCGGUAAUUACACUUUCAAAUUGACGGUUUCCGAUUCUGACAAUGUGACGAAUUCGACAACGGCUAAUAUAACAGUACUCAAGGGCACUGACUAUCCACCAGUGGCUAAUGCCGGUGAUGCUGUAAUUUUAUAUCUGCCAAAUAAUAAUGUGACCUUGAAUGGCACUGCGAGUACCGAUGACCACGAAAUCGUUGCAUGGGAAUGGACAAAAGAUGCUGGUGAUGAUACAAAAGCGGUUGAUAUGCAAAAUACACGCACACCUUAUUUGCAGCUCUCCAAUUUGGAGGAAGGUAUUUACACUUUCGUUUUAAAAGUAACUGAUGGCAGUGGACAAUCCAGUACAGCCAAAGUGAAUGUGUUUGUGAAGGCACAAACAAAUACACCUCCAAUUGCUGUUGCUGGUGGAAAUCAGACUAUAAACUUACCGAGGAAUUGGGUAAUUUUGAAUGGUUCAGCCUCAACGGAUGACAUACGCAUAAAAAGCUACUUGUGGAAAGAAAAAUCGGGGCCUAACACAGCAGUACUGGCCAAUAGCACAGCAGUGGCUACGAACGCCACUUCCUUAACACUUGGUUUGUAUGAAUUUGUUUUGAGUGUGGUCGAUGAGGACAAUAAUACAGCCACUGACAGUGUUUGGAUAAAGGUGGUGCAAGAGAAAAAUGCACCACCAGUCGCUAAUGCCGGUGGCGAUAAAAGCGUCACGCUGCCGCUCUCCGCUUUGUAUUUAAAUGGCACUUCUUCAUCGGAUGAUUUAGCCGUUGAGCGUUAUGUUUGGACACGUGAAGAUGCUAGCUUGGCAGCGGGUGUUGUUGUUGGUGACAGCGAUAAGCGCCCAGUUAUGAUUCUAACAAAUCUUGUGCAUGGUCGUUAUGUUUUCAAGUUAACUGUCUAUGACGAGCAAGGGCUGUCCAGCAGCGACACAGUCAGCAUUAUUGUGCAUCCAGAUCCAUUGCUAUUGAAUUUGGUGCAAUUAACCAUACCGAUGGGUCCUUCCGUGUUAAAACAAUCAGAGCUAAAUUUAAUUGUACAAAAGAUCGGUUUGCUUUUGGGCGAUAUGAAAAUCUUCGUGCGCGAACUUAAAUCCGAUGGCAGGCGCGCAGAUUCAACAAUUUUAGUCUUCUAUGUGGAGUCCACCGGCGCGGAUGGACAAAACCACCCGGUAAACGGUUUAACCGUCGAGCAAUUGCUUAAAGAUAAGCUCCAACGCGAUGCUGGUCUGCUAGGCACCGAUUUCACGGACAUACGCACAACUGUAUGCCAGAAUAAAUGUUCAGGUCAUGGUAUUUGUAAUCCUAUAACACGUGCAUGCACCUGUGAGGCAUUCUGGAUGCCCUCUAUAACUUAUUACUGGGGCAUAGAGGAAGCCAAUUGUGAUUGGUCGAUUUUAUAUGUUUUUGUUGGUAUUAUCAUGAGCUUUUUACUAUUGUCCGGCUUAUUUUGGGGCAUUACCUGUGCCUGUCGUCAAACGAAAAAACCACCGAAGCGACCAAAGUUACAAAAGUAUUCUUUGAUCGGGAAUAAUGAUGAAGAAGCGCCACAAUUUUGUCGCACAACAUCGCUGAGCGAUUCUGAGACGGAUUCCGAUGUGCUCUUCGAGACACGCACAAAACCUAACGGCAUUUUGCGUUCGAGCAACGCUACGAAGCAUAGUAAACACAACAGCCAUGGUCCCAAUAAAUAUGGUCUAACUAAAUUGGGACGAAAAGUAAAGACGUAAAUGUGUGUGUGUGUGAUAAUGUUUGCCGUAUUGUUCCUUCUGCUACGUUCUUUGUUCCUUUGUGUUUAGAUGAAUGUAACGCAUACAUACAUGCAUACAUACGAAAAAGUUUCGGCGAUACCACUUCUUUUAUAAGCGAUUACUGUGUUAAAUCUACUAUAUGUGAACAAGUUUUAGUUUUUAUACAUAGAUUUUAAUUAAAAAAGCAUUUUUCAAAAUGUGUGUUUUAUGUUGCCACAUUUUCCAAAGUUUCUUUUUACGCAUUUUUUUAUAGUAAAAAACUAAACAUCCAAAUGUUGGAGUGCAUUCCACACUUUGAGUAUUAAAUACUAAUUUUUUUAUACAAUAUUUUAUUUAUGCAAGAAAAGCUUCAUAUUCGUGCCCUUUUCUUAGAUUUAAUUCUCGCAUUUCAACUCCACAUAUAACUUAUUUGUAUUUUUAUAUAUGUCUGCAUUUAAUUAAGCAAAAAAAGUGUCAGUAAACGGGUUUUCCGGUAGCUCGUUGUAAAUGUGUGUAAUGUAAUUGAGUCUAUGAACAACAACAAAUGUACACUAUGUCAUUAUGUAUGAAUUUACUUGUAAAGAUUAAAUAGUAAACUAUUUACUUAAAUAGUAUUAUGAAACCAAAAA